GCGUUCUGCUGCUUAUUUUUUUUUUACUGACUCUUAGUUCAUUCCCAAUCCAUCCACCAGUAAUACCCCACUUUUGUGUGUCGAAACAAAGUGACUCAGAGUACCUACCAGCAGCGAAACGAAUAAAAUAAAAUAACGAAAACAAAAUCAACCCGUUGUGUAAAGUGCGCUGAUGUUGCAUAUAUAUCGCUCGAAAACAUAUUGAUUGUGUAAUCAUCAUGCUCGCGAAGCAUCACCAUUGAGAAAAGUUCAGGGUCUGUAAAAGUCGAACAGAUUUCUCCUCGAGUGCAACAAUGCAUCACUAAGAUUCCAGCCGCUGUGUGUGUGUUUAUGAGUAUGCGUCUCCUAAUCUUUCCAUGACGCUAAUCUCUCACAAAACAGUAAACAAAUGAUAAAUGGAACGGUGUCUCUCACGACACAUCACUGAAGCCCCAUCAAAUAUUAGGAGCCAGUGAGUGGCUUGCAACUGAUCUCGAAACAUCAUCCCCGACUGCAAUGGAUCCUGCCAGCAUGAACGAGAUGUCAAACAUAACCACACAUCUAACGGAAACUGGCAUGAACAAAAACGAAGCCAAAUUGUUAGCCAUCCUGGCCCUAGGAGUAGGAAGCUUUGUGUCAGGAAUUUUGCCACUAUUUAUUGCCCAAAGGAAUAGGGAACGUUUUCCGGCAUUGAUCUCAUUUUUGCUAUGCUUCGGAGCUGGAGUACUGCUGGCUACGGCUCUAGUUCACAUGUUACCGGAGGUGCGAGAUGCACUGAAGCAGUACGCAGAGAUUGUGUUCUGUCUGGGAUUCUUUCUGAUCUAUGCAGUUGAUGAAUUGAGUCAUAUGUGUGGCGUAGGUCAUAGCCAUGGGCACAGCCAUGAGCAUCACCAUAGACAGCAAAGUGAAGCACCUUUCGGAAGACGUGUUAGUCGGGAUUCAGCUAAUGGAGACUUCGAUAGCAGUCGCAGCUACGGAACAAGCGAGGAAACAAAGUUGUUGAGUAAAAGCGACAGUGCCAUCCAAAUUGCGCAACGUUCAUCAGAUUACGAAAUACAAGGAGACAGUCAACAAUUGGGAAUGUCCAGUUCAUCUAGUUCCACCGAAAGCAUCCCGCGAGUGAUGGUGGUAACCGGAGACAUGUCUGAACCAGUCACUGGAGUAUUCAGUCUGCUGUUGGCACUGGUUGUGCACUCACUACUCGAAGGCCUAGCCAUCGGUGUGCAGAGCACAGCCCCAGCAGUUCUACUUCUGCUGGGAGCUGUCAGUGCUCACAAAUACGUAGUAGGAUUCUGCCUGGGUGUCGAAAUUUGCUCACACGGUAGCCGGCAUCGUUGUUCUCACAUUCUUCAAAUUUUAACAUUUGCCGUUGGAUCAGUGGCCGGUAUCGCCGUUGGUAUGAUACUAGACGAUAUAGGUCAAACAUUCAACCAGUUGGUGAUACCGAGCUUACAAGGAGUGGCCGGUGGCACUCUGCUAUACGUUACCGUCAGUGAGGUGCUUCCACGAGAGCGGGGAAAACGCGUUGAAAUUGGAGUGCGACAUGUGGGCCUUCUGCAGCUGUUUGCAGUGAUACUAGGUUUUACGGUAAUGUCUUUUUUAAGUCUUAUCAUAACCGAACAGUAGCGAACUGCUACGUGAGUCGAUCGAUUCGCAAGAGAUUUAUUUUUAGCAUACGUGAGUACACUGAUUUUAAGUGAAUAAUAGAGAUCUAGGUAUAUUUUAAGAAAUGUGAGGAAAAAGUGUGCCAAUAUGCAUGUCUAUCGAUUAAUAAACAACGCUUGAGAUGCAGUAACGAAUCAACAA